AUGCCUGCUACUGCGAAGAAACAGCCUGAGAAGGCAGCAAUGUCACAAAAAGGCAGUAGGUUCUCCCUCCGAGUGGCUCUGAAACGAAUGCCCUUAUCGUCUGAGAGCAGUGAGGAGUCGGCAGAAGAGAAUGACCGCGGUUCGUCUCCAGAAGCUAUUGUCCAACCACCGGCCAAAAAGAGUGAUUCUGACUCUGACAAUGAGCAGCCAGAUGACUUCUUACAGAGGAGGGCCAAAAAUAUCAGUGAUAAUAAAGCCAUGCUUGCCAAACUUAUGGCUGACUUGGAGAAACUCCCUGGAAACCUCCUGUCUGAUUCCGGGGAGCAGAGUGGCAGUGGGCAGAAGUCCAGGAGGCCCAAUCGGAACUCUCUGGCUCCUCAACAACAGAGGAGAAACCUGGAGCGUUCUGCCCGGCGAAUGACUCGUUCUAUGGGAGGGGUGCAGCCUCCAUCUCCUGAGAAAGAUAGGAGAGACCAGCUGUUGAACAGACUACACAAUGAUCUGCUGGCUGAGGAAGAAGACGCUCCGAGGAGACGCCGGCCGCCUCGUCCCAGUGCUCUGACCAUUCCCCAUGUAGUGCGGCCCGUGGAAGAAAUAACUGAGGAUGAUCUGAAAAGUGUUGCAGACACCGUGAAGGAAAAAGUAUACAACAGUGUACAUGGUUCCACUUGCCAUCAGUGCCGCCAGAAGACCAUAGACACAAAAUCAAACUGCCGCAAUGUGGACUGUCAAGGUAUACGAGGACAGUUCUGUGGGCCCUGUCUGAGGAACAGAUACGGAGAAGAUGUCAAAAAAGUUCUUCUGGAUCCUGACUGGCACUGCCCCCCAUGCAGAGGAAUAUGUAACUGCAGCUUCUGUCGACAGAGGGAUGGCAGGAGUGCUACUGGGAUUCUCUUCCCUCUGGCACGUUACCAUGGUUACAGUGAUGUUCAUUCCUACCUGAAUAGCCUGAGAAACUCUACAAAGGAAGAUGAGGACAUUGAUGCUUAAGACUUUGUCUUGUUCUAUAAAUGACCUGCACUAGCUGGUUUUCUGUUACUGUUUUUAUUUGUGAUGUUUAAAAGUUGAAUAAAAUAUUUCCUGCAAAA